UCUGCAGACAGCAACAUACGAGAUGUGGAGAUGCACUGUAGGGAGUGAUAGAGACAGAACUAUGAUGGGGGAGGAGAGAUGACAAAAGGAGAGUUUUUACACCUCUGCCUCUUUCCUUUUACUUCAUUUGUAUUUGCUGCUUCCUCUACACAUUCCUCCAUGAGUUUUUCAGCGAAGGUACUGAUGGAGCUGCUUCUGCUUCUGGCAUUGAUUCCUGCUCUCCUGUUUGCUAGUCCCAAUGAUACUAUUCCCAGUACUACCCUUUUUUCCAGUACUGCAUCACAAACACUUCCAUAUAAAACCAGGAGCACAUCUGCACCAAACAUCAUUCGGGGCUUUCCUAUCUUGACCAGGUUGAAGGUGGAUUGGGAGAAGUCCAGUCCAUGUCAGGGCUUGGUGCUUCUCGUUCUCAAUUUCACAGAGAAACCAAAUGCCCUGUGUUAUGAGACUAUUAUGAAGUAUGACUUAGAAAAAUUGGGCAGAGACAUUUGUGAGGAAAUGAAAUGUGGAAUGUUCCUUGACUUCAAGUUAGCAAACAACAAGAUGGGUUACAUCAUCAAAGAGAAUGUGACACUGACCAAAUGUUCUCAAGUGUACAUCAACUGUGAAGACAGUAAAGAGCUGGUUACCUACAAAGCACUGACUGGUGUGCUACUGACCCUGGUCUUGGCUGUUGUUGUCUUACAGUUUGCCCGGCCGACAUACAUCGCCAUCCGCAAGAGAUUUUCACAGAAGAGGCAGAAUCGCUGGAUUGGCCCCACACAGAGUCAAAGUGUGUCCUAUCAUAGAGGCCAGGCUGCUCAUUCAGAUAACAAUAUGGUCAAGAGACAGUCUUAUCCUGGUUUGGAGAGACUUACAGUGAAUCCCAGCAGAGAGCCUUCAUCAAACCGGAACAGUGACUACGACUCAUACAGCUACCAUUAAGCACAUCUCUUCAUAUCCGAUUGCAAUGUAGGAGUAGGCUGUGCUUUGUGAGCAUGCCCAUUGGAUGGCUUCAGCUCUAUGUUCAUAUGCUUUAUGGAGCACAAAGGCAAGAAAAAUCAACAAGGGCCUCAACAGAAAAUGUUUAACCUGUUCAAGAUGCAGAAUAACGCCUAAGUUUUACCUGGAAUUUCACCUUUACAUGUUAAACUAAAAUUAUCUGUUUUGAUUCACUUGCUAUGGUGUUCAGACUUCUGACAAGCGCUAGACAGGAAAGUCAACAAUAUUUGUUUGUCUAUUUGUUUGUUUGUUUAAUAAAGGAUUAGUCCUAAAUUUUUAAAUAUUGUAGCAACACUGGAUUUCUACAAAUCAUAUUCGUAUUUUACCCUUAUAUUGUUUACUACCUGAAAAUGCCUACUUUUAUAUUGUAUUCUGUUCAGAUCUUGAAGUUCAUGUGUGAUGUUUUUAAAUGAAGUUUGUCAUAUAAAAAUAAAGAAAGAAAAAC